UUCGCAAAUCUGGUGCAGUCGUCUUUACAUGAGUCUGAGAAAGUAAAUACUAAUUUGUGUUAUUGUUAAUUUAGCUUGUAUAGGCCUACCUUGUGCGAAAUGACAGCCCGUACAGGAGACAACGAGCUCGAUGAUAAUAUUCGACAGUGGCUGAAAUGGGAUAAAAAUGAGAUAACGAAGCGAGAAAUUGAAGGACUUGUAAAAGCGAAGGAUGUCAACAAGUUGAGAGUUUUGUUGACCAGCAGAAUGAAAUUCGGCACUGCUGGUAUACGUGGAAACAUGGGUGCUGGCUUUGCCCAGAUGAACGAUCUCACCAUCAUACAAACAGGACAGCAGGAAUAUCAGCGAGAGCGCGUCGGAGAAGCGCUCGGGCCGCGCAAUGUCCUUCACCAUGGCCAUCGUCGGCGACAGCGCGAUGCCGACGAACAAUCCGAACAGGCUCGUCCACAUCAGGGUCAAGCGGCGUACAUGCUACGUAGCUGUCCCAACCUGAAGGAGCGUGGGAUCGUUAUAGGUCACGACGCGCGCCACAACAGUGAGAGGUGGGCUAAUCUAGUGGCAGCUAUAUUCAUCAAUCUUGGAGUGAAGGUCUACCUGUUCUCUCGCAUCGUGCCAACUCCGUUUGUGCCAUACAGUGUGCUUAACCUAGGCUGCGAUGCAGGCAUCAUGGUCACUGCUUCCCACAAUCCAAAGAACGACAACGGCUACAAGGUUUACUGGGACAAUGGAGCACAGAUCAUCUCACCUCAUGACAAAGGCAUCCAGGCGUGCAUCCUCGAAAAUCUAACCCCACUUGCCUCAUCGUGGGAUGCGACCUUGCCAAAGACCAGUCCGCUCAGGGUGGACCCUUUACAACAAAUCAUGGAGAGUUACUACAGGGACAUCCUCAGUCUGGCAUUGCACAAAAGCACUAACGUCAACUCUCCGCUGAAGUUCACCUACACCGCCAUGCAUGGAGUCGGCUACAACUAUGUGGUGGAAGCUUACAAGGCGUUUGGCUUUAACCCUCCGAUCCCGGUGAAGGAGCAGGUGGAGCCGGAUCCAGAAUUCCCGACGGUGAAGUUCCCAAAUCCAGAGGAAGGCAAGAGCGCACUUGACCUCGCCAUGGCAACAGCAGAUGCUCACGGUAGCACGGUGAUCAUCGCUAACGACCCGGAUGCUGACCGCCUCGCGAUCGCAGAGAAGCAGUCAUGUGGCACAUGGAAGGUGUUCAGUGGAAACGAGAUGGGUGCAUUGUUCGGUUGGUGGCUGUGGACAUGCUAUAAAGAGAAGUACCCUGACAGUCCGGCAUCAGACGUGUGGAUGAUCAGCAGCACUGUGAGCACCAUGGUGCUGCGAUCCAUAGCUAAGAAGGAGGGAUUCCACCACGCAGACACACUCACUGGUUUCAAGUGGAUGGCAAACGAGACAGUAAAGCUACAGAAGCAGGGCAAAGUUGUGCUUCUGGCAUUUGAAGAGUCUAUAGGCUUCAUGUGUGGCUGUCGAGUUCUGGAUAAGGAUGGCAUCAGUGCUGCAGUGGUGAUGAGUGAGAUGGCAACACAGCUGGCAUAUAAAGGAAUCUCUAUCACCCAGCAGCUGGACAACAUAUACAAGAUAUAUGGUUACCACAUCACCAACAACUCGUACUACAUCUGCCACGACCAAACAGUCAUUGAUGCCAUGUUCCAGAGAAUUAGGGAUUAUGAAGGAACCGGAUCUCAUCCAAAGGCUUGCGGUAAAUAUGAGAUUAAGAACAUCAGAGAUCUAACUACAGGUUAUGACAACAACCAGCCUGACAACAAGCCAAUUCUACCUGUGGAUCCAAAGAGUCACAUGAUCACAUUUACAUUUACAAAUGGUUGUGUAGCCACAAUCCGCACGAGCGGAACCGAGCCGAAGAUAAAAUACUACGCAGAGAUCUGUGCUGAUCCAUCAAAUGGGCAGGACAGGUCGGCUGUCGAGGCAGAACUCAACGAUCUUGUCACGUCCAUGGUCACUCGCUUCUUCCAACCAGAACGCAACAACCUGAUCGCCCGUAGCAACUAAUAAACUGCCGACAGGUGGCACCAUCCGGUGAGCAUUAUUCAUGGCUAGUGCAUGUGCUUUGACCUGCUGCUUGUGGUUGUAGCGAUGUAUAUGUGUGAGGCAGUGUUAAAUCAUGUAUUACAUGGAAACUGUUCAAUCAGUUCUGAAAAACAAUUGGAUAAACCCUAUCUUUCCGUUUCUGUCUCCCGACAAAAUGUACUAUUCAGCUGAAAUUAUUUGACGUAUAAAACGUUUAUUUCCUACACACACUGAGGGCUAUGGUUAAAUUCAUGGAGAAUGUUAUGAUGGAUGUAAGAUGAGAACUAUGAUGGAUAGAUUACAGGUGAUAGCUCAUACGAAGGUAUAUAGGAUAGCACUAUGUUGUGUUGAAAUAGAACCAAAACGUAUCAGGGCAUGUACUUUAAUUAUUUUAGUGAUGUGUAGUUUGUAUUUAUAUUGUAUCCGAGUAUCACUAUUCUACUGUUGCUAGAUUGUAUUAGAUGUCUGCAUGUGCGUGAACAUAUGAAUGUAGAGAAGGUAUAUCAGCUCUGUACAGAUAUCUUUCAAGCAGAGAUAUCAGAUAUAGAUAGGUCACAAAAAUAAUGAUGUUUAUGUAGGUGUGUGUAUGUGUGCUAGAUGCAGAUAUUGGUAUAAAUAGUAU